GCUCUCGGUCACAUAUACAUAAUAAAAUUUUACAACGCACGCACACUCACACACAUGCACGAUAAAUGCAUGCAUUUGUACUGUGCCAGUUUCAAAUAAAUAUAUAAUUGUAAAUAGUUCCGUCAAAAAUGAUAUACUAUUGUCGGUCCUGCCGCGAAAGUUCUUGAUAAUAAUUCGUGCGAACAUUAUUACCCAACCAGAGCCUUCUGCAGCGCAGGAACUAAUUUAAUACAUAUAUAGGAAAACUGAGGCUGUGCCGACUCCAUUUGGAAAUGGCACUAAAUUUCAAUUGUUUAUAAUAAACUGAAGUGUACUUAAAAACUAACAAAUAAAACAAACAAACGACCCAGUAAAGAUGUAGCCAAGACCCAGCAAUGGCUUAAGUGUAUCGGUCAGCUGGUGCGCUGAAAUCGAAAGCUGGAUCUCGGAAAUUUCAUAUUUGCGUUACCUGAGAAACUUUGAACGGGUAGUUUGAGGAAUGGAAUCGAUGAAUGAAAUAAUUGAUUCCCAAGCGUUCAGCCAGCAGCUGAUUGUGGAAACAAGUGAAUUUAUUGGAGUUGAAUCAGCACACCAGACGCAGACGCCGGAGGGCGAGUCUGGUGAUGCAGUGACAGGGAUGAAGUACGCAAAGCCACGCUCAGAACCGCAUUCGCCGGCGGCUCUAAGCAGCGCCAUGCAGACUCUGAUCGCGACACACACAGACAGCAGCCGGAUUCAUGAUGAUGAGGAGGAUUCCACCUCAGUGGUUAUGGUUAUCGACGAAAUGGGUCACAACAAUUUGCAGGCGACCUAUCAAAUUGUGCCUCACCAGCUUCAACUGCAGGGCGGCAGGAGUCUGCCCAUGUCCCUGCUACCGAUACACCAGGAGCGUCAUAGUCCAGUCGAUUUCGGGGGUUCCGACAUAAGCCUCGAUGGGUUGAGCGUAAGUACAACAUCCCAGAUAAUUGCAGUCAAGCAAGAGCACAAGCUGGUCAUUGUACGCGAAAAUGCCGAUGUCAAUGGGAUUAAUCGGCGCGCCAGCCCUCAUAUCGACAUUAACAUGUCGAAUAUCAAUGUGAGCGUUAUCGAUGAGCUGUCCUCUGACGGCGGCGGUGGCAUGGAGGAGGUCACUCUCAACCAACACCACCAACAGCUCUUGGAUGAUCAGCACCAUCAGCAUCAGCCCCAUCAACACCACCACCACCAACAAUAUGGUCAUCGACUUGCCGCAUCCUCAUCGGAAUUGAUCCAUCACCAAGUCCAGCAGCACCAGCAGCAGCGUCAACAUCAGCGUACAGUACAACUGGGAAUGGGCAGUCAUGGCAGUCACGGUCAUCAUCGGGAGGCGCUGUCCGUUAUUGUGCAGGCGCAGGAGGAUGAGGAGGACAUUGAUGAGGACGAGGAUGAUGACGAUCGCGACUCUGGGGGUCAGCUACUUAGCCCUGCUUUGGCCGUUGACAAUGCACUGGAGCAUAGCACGUACCAGACCUUGACUUCGGUAAACAAUCGCAUAUCAGAGCCGAGCUUCAGCCCAACGUCAUAUGCAACGCUGACGCCCAUCCAGCCGCUUCCGCCCAUAUCCACGAUGUCAGAUAAGUUCGCCUAUGUGGGCCACAUUUCAGGCAGCGCGAGUUCGUCGGGCAGCGCCAAUGGCAGCACCAAUUCGAAUGGCAGGAUCAACAACUGUGGCACUGGCGGCACCUCGGAUGGCUCAUUCACCAGUUUACCUAUGCCCAUUGAGGGCGCACACCCGGGCUCCUUGGGUAAUCUAAGUUUGAGUGGUUUGGGCGGUGUUCAGUCGCCGUAUUCCUCCUAUGAUAAAUUGCCUUCGCUGAUCUCACCUCCGCCUCACAACUUUGCCAGCUCGCCAUCGCACGGACUGUCCGGAAUGGUUGGCUCGUGCGAUCUGCACACUCACAGCUCCUCGGUGCCGUCGCCGGUGCCUGGCUCGGUGCCAGGUGGUUGUGAUACGCUCUCGCCUCACUCCGAAUUGCACUCGCACUCGCACUCGCAUUCCCCUCAACUUCAGGGGAAUGUUAAUUUGAAUGUGCAUAAAGCAGCAACAGCAGGCCAGCAAGGACAGGGACAUGGACACGGACAUGGACACGGACAUGAACAUAAUCAAGGUGGUCAGGCUAUGCAACUGGCACCGGUGGCACUUCAGAAACAGAUCAUAUGCCUUUCGCCAACGGGUGGCAUUUCCGACGGGGUCGUUGUCAGCGAUUAUGAAUCAUCCUACCGCACACAUCAUCAUCAUCAUGAGCAUGAACUUCUCAUGGCCACGUCCUCCACAUCCAACAAUUCAACUGGCGGUCGCAGCUCUCAGCUUAGGUUGCAGCACAGUCCAACGCUUAGUCCGCAUUCGGUGUCUGCCGGUUCCGUAGUCUCCAUGUCCUUGCACUCGCCGGCAUCCGUUGUUACGCUGCCGCAUAUAAACGGAUCCGUUGCAAAUCUGUCGGUUGACUUGCCCGUUGUUGUCUCACUUUCGCCGACACCACCACCCGGCGAUAAUUCCAUUGCUGUUGGCAUUGAUGAAAUUGUCCAGCGACAGAGUCAAAAGCAACACCUACAGCACGGUCAUCAAGGUCAGCACGACGGCAAUGAAUGCAAUCCCAACAGCGACCAUAACCUAAACAAUAACUUGGAAGUGUGCAAUAUAAAUCAACAGCAGAACGGAUUCGUCGGUGAACAGACCCAGCCCAAGCUGUCAACGCAUUCCCCAAAAUUAACUGGAGUCGCAUCGGGGUCCAGCAACGUCUCCUCAACUGCUGCUGCUGCGGUCAACAAUCGUGCGAAUGGUCCCAAUGACAUGGAGGAGAUCAAUACCAAGGAGCUGGCUCAACGCAUCUCUGCCGAGCUGAAGCGUUACAGCAUACCCCAGGCGAUUUUUGCACAGCGUGUGCUUUGUCGAUCGCAGGGUACGCUGUCGGAUCUAUUGCGCAACCCGAAGCCAUGGUCCAAGCUCAAAUCGGGCCGAGAGACCUUCCGCCGCAUGUUCAAAUGGCUCCAAGAGCCAGAGUUUCAGCGCAUGUCCGCCUUGCGCAUGGCAGCCGCACAGAUACCCCAGCGACCAGCAACUGGUUCCGGUUCUGGGUCCGGUUCCGGUUCUGGUUCGGGUGUGGGUAGCAUGGGGAACGUUGUCUUCUCAUCAGGCUCAGGCUCAUCGACGGCCCCCGCAGUAGUGUUAACCAACACAAGCUCGGAUGCAUCGCAUGGGUCGACUAUUUCAGGAAAUGCCGGUUUAGGCGGAUCUGCGGGGUCUGGUGUUGGCGCCGGGUCCAAUUGCCGUCGCAAGGAGGAGCCGCAUAUAGAACAAAUGCCGCAGCCAAAAAAGCCACGUUUGGUAUUUACGGAUCUACAGCGGCGGACACUACAAGCAAUUUUUAAGGAAACAAAGAGGCCUUCAAAGGAGAUGCAAGUGACAAUUGCACGCCAGCUGGGGCUGGAGCCAACCACGGUGGGUAACUUCUUUAUGAACGCUCGUCGACGCUCCAUGGACAAGUGGCGCGAUGAUGACACCAAGAAUGCACAGCAUCAGCACAGUCGGCAUCCGCAUCAGGAGGAGACGGAUGAGAGGGAGAGCAACAGUGGAACCCAUGGGCACUACGGAAGUAUGCAUACGACAGCCAUGUCGCCGCUGGGCAACUUCGAUGAUGAGGGCGAAAUGGACCUGGACCUGGAGCAUCAUGAUUUCUUGGUUGACGAUCACGAUCACGAUGGCGAUGAGCACGACGACAUGUUGUGACAUAAUGGCAAAUACACGCGAAGAACACAGCGCAGCAAACAGUCCCAGAGUGAAAAUAAUAACCAGAAUUCCUGCACUCGCACCUAUACUCACAGCCACAGCCACACCCACAACGAUUCCGAUUCCGAAUCCGAAUUGGAUGCGGAUAAUAAUACGAGUCCAGGUCCAAGUCCCAAUAGGAAGAUCGUUUUAUCUAAGCGUACCAAAAGAUUUCAGAAUCAUAAGAAUCGAAUAGUGAGAACAGCCUUCAACGUAAGCCCCGAUGAUCUACGCGACUUUCAACUAGUCGAGCUGGAGUCGGAAAAGGAAACGCACCCACAAACUACUCAGACGCGAUCACAUCCAGACUCCGACCCGGACUCGUUGCCUGGUCAAUGGUCGCCCAGUUUGGUUGUGCAACAGGCGGACAUAUCCAUUGAUGGCUUAGGGGUUGCCGAUUGCAUUGAGUACCUGAAUAAUCAGGUAGAAGUGGACGUUGAUUGUCACGAUAGUUUGCUAGCUAGCAUCAACUCUGCAAAGCUUGUAUCGGUUCGAUUAGGUUCAAAUUAUUACAAAGAUCCCAAAUUAAAACUAAAUGAUCGUUGGUCGGCCAAGCUUCAAUUACACCACUUCAAUUAACCUCGUUUCCAGUUCGUUCUCCUCACAAGAGCUAUGUGAAAUUAUUGAUCCUUACACCCUUACACCUACACAGGUAUAAUAUAAUGGGGGGUUUUUGAGGUACCACAUCCCUAUUUUGGUCGACGGUGCACAACUAGGAGAUACUCAGCAAUGAUUUAUUUCCAAUAAAUCCGUAAGCUGUCCUAUUGUAGUUAUCCUUGUUAUCUAAGUGCAUGCUAGCAGCUUUUUAUCUAAUAUCCGAUCAACCUAAAACUCAGUUCAAAAGAUCUUUGUGCAAAUUCAUUUCACACUUUUCGCAAAAUCCCCAGCUCCUUGGUGGAAAAUGGGUGUAAAAGAUUUCCUACUUUUUGGCAAAAUGGUACGAACAUUUAUUUUUUGGCUUCAAGCAAAAUUUUCUAGGUUCAUUAUUAUGAAAAAAUGAUCAAAUGUUUCAAUUUUUUUUUGUGUUUAAAUUCUUUUAUUUACAGCUAAAUUUCUUGUACUCUAGUACAUAAAAAAAACUAGAGCUUAGCGACUUUUAUAAGCGUGAGUUUAAAUGUUUGAAGAAUUUUUAAGCACUUAGCAGAAGCUUGAAACUCAUAUUCAAAAAAGGAAAGAAAGAAUAUGAAAUAUAAUUUGAAACAUGCUGUUCAAGGAAGUGAGGGUAUAUUUAAAUUUGCCACGGUGGAAAAUGUGUGAAAAAGUGAUAUCUUAAAUAGAGUAAUAGGCCGUGGAAAAAACGCUAAUUUUAUAAAUGGGAAAUAGAUAACUUCUGGGUAAAAUCGCUCAAACUGUGUUUUUUAUGUGUUUCCUGUGUAACACAUACAGAAUGAAUUUCCCAAUUUUGGAUUCCUCUCCAAACAAUGCAACUGAGAUAUAGCAUAAAAUCUAGGCACUUUUAUUUUGGAAAUGUUCAAUCUUCAAAAAAGUUAUUCAAGAAACAAUUUGCCGAAGUGUGAAGAUAUCUUCUAGUUGAGUACUUUCUUUCUUUUUUUUCUCAAAUGAAAGAACUAAUCAAUUCCAUAAGCAUUUUGGGACUAAUGACGUGGUACAGAAAAGUCUUUGGAAGGUUCACUUGGUUUACUUUCAAGGAAAACAAAUAUAAAAUAUGCUCAGUAUUUAAGGCAUAUAUGGUUUUUGUGUGAUGAAACCAUUAAAAAAAGUCCUUGUAAAUGAAGCAAAUUUCUUUGGUACCUGAUUCUUAAAAAUUCAGCUUAUUUUGUAAGACAUUUCUUUGUUAAUCUUUCUCUUACCCAAUACUGUUAAGUAGUAGAAAAUAGUACUGUACAUUUGAUGUGGCAAUAUAUGUAUGUAUGUACUAACCUUUGCGAGCGCAAUAUUUUUGUUUACAUUU